GUCAAACAGUAAAGUUUUCUCGGGCAGUUGCAGACAAUCUGUCUAUGGUGGAAAUGGAGAACGUAUGAAGAGAGUACAUUUCAAUACCCAUUUAACACACCACAUUAUAUCUGCCUCUAAACAACUACAUUGAAAAGCCACAUCACCUUCAAAUGCAAUGUAAAAUAUGGGAAUUAAAACCGCAGGAACUGAACACAAGCUGCAUUAUUGGACUCCUCUCGUUACCUGGCAAGUCUUGUUACCUGUCAACUGAAAACAACUGUUUGGACUAGUUUUUGGCCUCCUGGUCAUCAAGUCUGUCCAUGUUGAUCACCCAGGAAGAGGUUUAAAGAUUCUGCCCGAUUUCAACUUACCUGCAGUACAUGUAGUGGAGAAGAAAACAUCAGACUUCUACAAGCCAGAGAUAACUGUUCCAGUAUUGUCUAAUUUUGGGCUUGAUUUGAAUACCUGACUAUCCAGACCAGGUACAGUCAUGCACCUAGAGGUAAAGGUAGCUCUGAAUUUCAUUGUGUCCUACCUGUACAACAAACUGCCCCGUCGUCGUGCUGACCUCUUCGGGGAAGAGUUGGCGCAGAUACUGUUGUCACACUAUGAAGGCCACUGGUACCCUGAAGCUCCUUUGCGGGGCUCUGCCUUCCGCUGUUUGCACCUAGGGGCCCCCAGUGACCCAGUGGUGGAGCUAGCUGCCAGGAGAAGUGGACUGGACACAGAGGAAGUGCGUGCCAAUGUCCCCCCUGAGCUGAGUGUGUGGAUCGACCCCUAUGAAGUGUCCUACCAAAUCGGGGAGAAUGGAGCCGUUAAGGUCCUGUACUUUGAGGAUCCGUCCGGCUUAGGUGGAGAAGGCGAAAUGGUGGAAGUAGUAAGUGGAGUGAGUAAAGGGGACAUGGAGGUAGAGGAGGCCAAGAGCUUAGGGUUCAACCCUGAGGCCCAGGUGUUUGUUCCAAUUGGAGCCCAGAUAUCUCCAAUUCUGCUUCCUUCCAUCUCCAGCACACCCGCACCCCUCUCGGCCUCAUCCUGCCCAGUGAUUUUCAGCUAUCCCAGCUCCAGCACACCCACGAACCCAACUGCCCACUCCUCUAACACAUCCACACCUUCCCCUCCAAGUGGGGGACUCCCUUACCCCCCCUCUCAGCAGCCAACGGCUGCCCUGCCCACCACCCGUCCACCGCUGCAGCCCAUCACCUUCACCACGGCCAGUUUCGCCGCAACAAAAUUUGGCUCCACCAAGAUGAAGAAGUGUGGCGGUUCCGGAUCGGCUGGCGGCUCGGGUGUAGGCGUGCCCCCGCCACAGAGGAUGCUCGCCCGUUCCCCCACCAACAUCUCUCCCCCAGGGCUGCUGAAACACAAGCCCCUCUCAGUCUCCCUGCACUCCCUGGGGGCUCAGAUCCCCAGCCAGCUCUCCCCUAAUGCCAAAGAGUUUGUUUACCCGGCAUCCCCAGGGCCCCUAUACUUUGACAACGAUGCUCCGCUCAUACUUUCACACUCAAGCCCCUUCCAGCACCCUCACCCCGCCCACUCCCACCCCUCAUUUGACCCAUUCUCCAGCCCCCCACCUGGUCCAGCUGUUGGUGCCAUUGGUGGUAGCGGUGGGAUUUCUUACAUGGAGAAGCCCUCAUUUGUGGAAGGUAUAGGGGGGUAUAACCUGCAAUAUCCCAGCCAGGCCUUCCAGCCAGUGGUGCUGGCCAACUAAGCCUUUCUUAUGAGUAUUUCUGUUGCAGCAGUAGGGCAGUAAUGCUCAAGUAUUUUUUGGGGAAAAUUGUUCUUACUGAUACUACAUCGUAUAAUUUGUUUUAUUACUACUACAACCUCCACUAUAUAUUUCAAUAUGAUUAUUUCCAUAUCAUUUAAUAUUCUGUUUUUUUGUUGUGGAUUUUGAUUACAGUUUCUCUAACCAGAGGAGUAACCACCCUCCUAUUGCACAGAUGUUUUCAUUGAAUGUUCAGCAGAGUAAAAUGCCCUUCAGCUUUGGUCUAUUGACAGCAGUAUGAUAGUUGAUAUUUUGCACUCCACUGUCACGCUGUGAAAAAGGACCAAUGUCCUGUAAGAUGGCUUUGGAAAGCUUAGCGCUUUGCAAUCUGCUCGGCCUUAGUUAUCAAAAAUGCACAGAGGGGUUUGUGUGGGUUUGGUGAGGUCUUAUUCAUGCUAACAAGUGUUUAAUGUGCUCGUCUGUGGCUUAUGGUCAUUGUGAAUAUAGUGGGCCUGUUACUAGAGCCUUGAAACAUAUCACACACCAUGUCCGAAUCGGUUUGGUGCAAGGGAUCAGUAUUUGCCAUUCAUCAGCUCUGAAAUGUGUUCAUGGACAUGCUAAGAAAGGGGGCCUGUGUGUAGUGUCUUGGCAAUAGGGGGGUUUUAAUGUGCAGGGUAUGAGGAAAUGGAUCUGUCAUGACAGGAAGAAUUACUGCCAGGGAGGUCAGCAAACCUUGGUGAAAGUGAGGUAAGUUAGAUCUUUGUCUUCGGAUAUGACUACUAAUCUCCCACACACGCACAGGCACAUAUAAUCUGUCAGCAGUGUGUGAAGGUGAACGGGCGUUGUUGGAGGGGAAUAGGAUGCUGCUAAGCAAUGGGGAUUGUGAUGAAUGGCUUAGCGAUGCUUUGACUAUGAACGAGAGGUCUUACUCUGCAGGGAAAAGAGGACUGGGAGGGAGUAAGGAGAGGGGAAAUGGAUGGCAAGGCAGGGGCAUCGAUGACGUUUUAACACCUUUUGGCAUCUUGGGUGCAAUGGCUUUAGACUGACACUUCAAAACCCGGCGUACAUUUCUGUAGAACUUUAGUGGCGUUGCAGCCAAAGGCCCACGCUAAUGUCCCCUGCUCUUUAAGCCCUUAAUAAUCUCUGUUCCAGUUGCUGCUCCAGUGGGAGACCAGCAUCAUAUAAUGAGAUGUUUUCCUUUUCAAUUUCCAGGACUAUGAAUGUUAACUAAACCUGUGUUUUUGUCACUUUAUGAUGCCAUGUCAGAUCAUUCUCAAAUUGAUGGUGGUGAUACCCUGUCUCCAUAUAGGUAAUAGAGGGGGCAGUAAUUGUCACCAGGGUUCAGGCAGCCUCCUAACCCCACCUUUCCUUUUGAGCCAUCCAGCACUUCAUAUUAUUGGGCUAUAGAUGCCAUGUGACCCCCCAACCAUGUUACAGCUGCAUCUGCUAAGAAAUGUUGGAUCUGUUCCAAUGAGAUUUGGAUAGCAGGGAGAGUGUCCCUAGCCAUCAUCUGAAUGUUUUCUAGAUUGUGCCCAUAAACAUGUGUAUAAGCUAACAUAAAUACUCUUAACUUGUGCUCACACUGGUAAUUGCUGUGAUAGUCUGUCAUAUGCGUGUCAUUCAAACUGUUUAUUUUUCUUUGCGUCCAAGGGUUGGGUUGGGAGGGUUGGGUCGGAUCUCUUUAUAAAUGUAAUGGUUGUGAGGGAAGGGGUCAUUUUUACAUUUGUAAUUUAUUUUAAAUUUUCUAUAUUUUUCCUAUGUUUUUUCAAAAGUAAUGAAGUACUUUUGUAAAGUUGAGAGAGAAGUUAUAACAGUAGGAAUAUGUAUAUAUUUCUUCAGGUUUCCUUUGUUUAGUUAUGUGCUGAAGUUAUUACAAAGAUAACUAAAUAUAUAUGCAAGUUGGGAAUAAAUAAAGAUGUAUAAAGUAUUGAAUGUGGAUUGUACCUUGUACAGAAUUUGUCCAAUAAAAGACAGGUAAAUGUAAUUUGUUAAAUUGGGUUUUUGAAGAGCUUCAGAGAGGAAUGUUUACAAUGGGUGGAUAGAGAGUCCGACAGCAUCAUUCUGUCUGUUUCUAAGGGCAGUCUGAUAACUUGUGUAAGAUUUCUGUUCCUUCAUAGUUUAUACACUUAAACCAAAAAUCUCCACAUAUAAACCAAAUCCCCUUAGUAGUGUUCGUAUCUUACUAAUUGUGUCCCUUAUUCAUUCAUAUUCCAUCUACAUAUUGUCCAGUGCCAUACGUCUUUGCUUUAUACCACUAACCUUAUUUGUGACUGAACAGUCCUACUGUGACUGAAUUGGCUGCCAAUUUCAUUCUCGCACAAAGACUGAGGGAAAGAAACAACAAAAAAACGUUCCUGCAGUCUAAUCCUUGAUGAGUAUUCACCUCGCAUCCAUGUGGUAACAUUCCCCUGCUCCCGCUCCUAUAGCCAUAACUAAGACUCUUUACUCACACUGACCCUGGUCCAGUGCAAUGUGUAACUAACGCCAUAUUCUAGACCACAGUUGUGGCAGGGUCUUAGCCCUUUUCAACCACAAAUAUUCCAAUACAUUUCAUCAAGCGUUUCAAGCAGGUUUAGGAGUAGGAUAAUCAUUGAAUGUGCUGUGAUUAUGAUCAGUGACGGGUCAAUCCUGGUGGUGAACAGCCGAGUGAUGGAGCUAUUUUUUUUUUGUUCGUUCAUGUUGAUUCAGUGAGAUUUUUGGUUUCCAAAAUCCCUACAAGCAUCCCAAAGUGCUGCCUUCCCCCAUUGCUUAAAUAAUGGUCAGAUUACUCUUGGUAAUCGGAUGUGUGCUGUAUUUAAUUCCCUGUGCCUGCAAAGCGGGUCUGGAGGUUUGAGUGGUGGCUUGGAGGCAGACGGUCACUGACCGCCUGCCAAUGGGAAGGCCAGAGGACUGUGACGUUUGAGGGAUGGGAGCUGCUCUACUUGAAGUUCUGAUGAUUAUAGGAAGACAAUAGAUAUGGUUUCACAUUGGCUUUUUGGUCACAGGAUGGACAGUGUUUUGUGGUAUAGUGUGUUGGCUGUUGGUAUGUGUCUUGCGUUUUUAAAAUGAGUAACAGAUUACACUAUCCUCUUUGUAAUUAAAAAGUUGUUUUUUAAAUCCACACUAAAAGCAGGCUGUUCUAUCACAAGGAUUGAAUCAGAGUUUUGUAUUGUCUUUUGCUUAUCUAUCUGUUUUAUUUAGCACUUUGGACUAUUUUGUUGUAAUAAAGAAGUAUUUUCUAUUUAAAAUUUAAGAAUAACUGGAUAUAAUUGAAAAAGUAAGAAAUACUAAUAUAGUACUUUCUUUUUUGCCUGUAUUUUGUUAUCAUUUUCCUAUUUUGUAUCUGCUGUACACCCUGUAGAUGUAUAUGAACCUUUCUCUACUGAAAUGCAAUGACCUGUUUUCUGUGCUCCCCCAUGGGAAUGGGGAUUUACUACUGCACUUUCUUAUUGUAUCAGAUUCUUUUUUUAAGUUUGUAAUAAAACAAUUGCAAAAAUAAGCAUGGAAAAUAA